UUGUGUGAACAAAUAUUCGGGAACCGGAAUUCCCGCGAAGUCGACAUUGUUAACUAUAAAAGCCGAAGAUAUAAGAAAUGCUGCCAAUUAAUUGCAGCUCCCUAUUUUGGGAGUGAAUCACCUUGAGACGGUAAUACAUACUGAGAAGAAGGCAGAUCUAUCUCUUUCUAAUCCUCAAUAAAAUGAGACUUCAGAAUUUUUUUGCGAAACUGUAACGGUCGAAAAGAGUACGUUAUGAAGUCUUACGUACAAGUACGAUAGUCUUCUCCUUUUCUUCGGUGUCUGUGAUAAUAACAAGUAUUUAACAUUCACGACAAAGUAAAGAACUUCAUCGUAUUGUAACACGGAAGCAAAACGUAUUAUCAACGUUAAAUAUUUCUCGUAAAAACGCACGUGAUUCGAAAGUUCAACGGUAUCAUCUACAAAGAUCCGCCAUUCUUGUGAUUGGUCUUUGAAUUAAACAGAUACUACGCAUGCGUGCGUACUAAGAAAAAAAGGAGGCUAAUUUAAAUAACUUUUUUAAACAGCACAUUAUAAGAAAUUUACGGUGUAUACAUUUUUUAAACGCGAAAGUAAUUAAAGGGAUAUAGAUUAAUACAAAAUGAAUAGUUGUAAGUGGGAUAGAAGUAAGAAUGGCUUAAAAACAAAGAGAAAUGUAGAUUCCAGCAGAGAAAAACGAAAGAGUCUACAUAGACUUAUAACAAAACCUCAUGAAACUGAAGAAGAAGCUAUAAUCCGUAGAUUUCAUGAUGCACAAAGGAUGGCAAGAUUUCGAGCCAGAAAAAAGAAGGCUUUGGAGGAAGCCAAAGUAUUUGCAACAUUAGGAUUCAAAGAACAUUCUAUAGUUGCACAACUGAAAAGAAAAGAUACGAAUUUUGAAUUUGAAACUGGAAAUCCUAUUGUUAAGGUACAGAAUAUUGAACAACUUCAAACGUAUUUGUCACCAGAAAAGUCAUCGACUGUUGUACAUAUUACAUACAACCAAAGUAGGUACUCUCAAUUAUUGAGAAUUAUCGAAGAACUGGGAAAAGAUAUUAAAUUAACAUAUGCAGGUAGUAAAACUUCAGCAGAAAGAUUAAAAACAGGCAUUAUGCAAGCAAGAAUGUUAAUUAAAGAAUGCUUAUUGGAAACAGAAAUUAACUUUUGGCAAUAAUUCAUCUACAAACAGAUACAUUAAUUUCAAUAAGCAAUAAACUUGUGAUUCCCAUUAGCAAGAAUACGGAUCAUCCUAAAUAUUAUCUCCUGAAUGAAUAGUUAUACUAAUAAGAGACGUUACAUUGACCAACUUUCCUUGUACCAAUGGAUAAUAAAAUAAAAAAAAAGUUAAAUACAUUUGUGAAUAGAACAUGAGUGCUGAAUAUAAAAAUACUAAUCUGGAAAAAAUUCAUGCAUAUAGUGACAGUAGUACUCCAUACAAGGCAAACGACGAUCUAAAAAGUAUUUAAAAAUUUAUCUACACUUGUCAAACGAAAUUUGAAUAAAAUUAUAGAUUCGUAAACAAUAUAUGUAUAUGUAGUAUGUUUCGAUUACCUAGAAAAUACCGCUGAG